AUGGAGUCCGUUAAACAGGCUGUUACACGUACUGCUCUAGGAUUAGCUGAAUUUGUAAUACCUGUAUUAAAAGCUUCUAAAUUUCGAGAAACAGGUGUUAUAACUCCUGAAGAGUUCGUAGCCGCAGGUGACUUUCUAGUGUAUCACUGUCCAACCUGGCAAUGGGCAACUGGUGAUAAAAAUGUUCGUCCCUACCUACCAAAAGAAAAACAAUACUUGGUUACUCGAAGUGUACCUUGUUACAAAAGAGUGAAACAAAUGGAAGAUCACAGUGAAGAGUUUGAAAAGGUUUUAGAAGAGGAGGAUGGUGAAGGUGGUUGGGUAGAUACACAUCACUAUGCAGCUAAGUACGGCGAUAUUAACCCUGAAAUUGGAAAAAUGAAUGAAAUGUCGAAAUCGAAUGCACAAUUGAAUCAUGAUGAGAAAAGUGGUAUUUCAGAUGUAGAUGAUGAAGAAGAUGAAGAUAUGGAAGCUUUCGUACAGAGUGGUAUGCUUGAUGAAUGUGAUCCAGCAUCUGUCAAUGCUCGAACAAAAGUUCCCUGUAUCUCAAAUAAUACUGAUCAAAUUACUUUGGGAUGUGAAAUUGAUCAGAAAGGUGAUAACAGUGGAAUUCUUCAAACACGAACGUAUGACUUAUACAUUACUUAUGAUAAGUAUUAUCAAACACCACGUUUAUGGCUAUUCGGUUAUGAUGAACACCAUCAACCGUUGACAGAAACUGAAAUGUAUGAAGACUUUAGUCAAGAUCAUGCGAAUAAAACUGUCACAACUGAAGUUCAUCCACAUCUAUCUGGUCAUAUGAUGCCAUCAAUUCAUCCAUGUCGACAAGCUGAUGUUAUGCGUAAAUUAAUUGAAGCUGUAGCCGAUGGUGGUUCCGAAUUAGCUGUUCAUCAAUAUCUUAUGAUAUUUUUAAAAUUUGUACAAGCUGUUAUACCUACUAUUGAGUAUGAUUAUACUCGAAAUUUUAAUCUAUCAUCAUGA